AUAGACUCAAAAGAAAGAGAUUUUUUUUGAAAAUCGAGGAAUAAUGAAGUAUAUUCGAACCAGGAGUCUCAAAAGGCUCUUCUCAAUCAAGCGGCGAAGUUUUGAUGAAGAAGAUUGUAAAGAAAUUUCAAACAACUUCUCUGAAACAAGCCAGUUUAAGAAACCCACAUGGAAAUGCUUCUCCUUUGAAGAAAUUUCAGACGCCACUGAUUCAUUCAGUUCAGAGAAUUUGGUGGGGAAAGGAGGAUAUGCAGAUGUGUAUAGAGGGUUUUUAAAAGAUGGACAAGCAAUUGCAGUAAAAAGGGUAACAAAAGCAACUACAGAUGAAAGGAAAGAAAAGGAGUUUUUGUCUGAAAUUGGAACUUUGGGUCAUGUUUGUCAUCCAAAUGUAACUUCUCUUCUUGGUUGUUGUAUUGAUAAUGGACUUUAUCUCAUCUUCCAGUUUUCUUCUAAAGGAUCUGUUGCUUCUCUUCUUCAUGAUGAUGAUGAUAAUGAUGGGAGUUUACAAAUUAUGGAAUGGAAUACAAGAUAUAAGAUUGCUGUUGGAACAGCUAAAGGCCUUCAUUAUCUGCAUAAAACAUGCCCAAGGAGGAUAAUUCAUCGCGAUAUCAAAUCAUCAAACAUCUUGUUAACUACAGAUUUUGAUCCACAGAUAUCUGACUUUGGGCUAGCAAAGUGGCUUCCAUCACAAUGGACUCAUCAUUCCAUUGCUCCAAUUGAAGGAACAUUUGGGCACUUGGCUCCUGAAUAUUUCAUGCACGGAAUUGUCGACGAAAAAACAGAUGUUUUCGCUUUUGGUGUUCUUUUGUUGGAAAUCAUAUCAGGGAAGAAACCUGUUGAUGGGUCUCACCAAAGCUUACACAGUUGGGCUAAACCAAUACUAAACCAAGGCGAGACAGAAAAGUUGGCUGAUCCUAGGCUUGGAGGAAUGUACGAUGUUUUACAACUUAACCGGCUUGCAUUCGCAGCAUCUCUUUGCAUUCGAUCAUCUUCAACGUGGCGCCCUACCAUGAGUGAGGUAUUAGAGGUUAUAUUAGAAGAAGAGGAUGGUAUUGAUAAAGAUAGAUGGAAAAUGCCCAAGGAAGAAGAUGAAACACAAGAUCAAGAAGAGUUUUGGGGGUUUGAAGAUCUCGAAUGCGAAUGUUGUGAUAGUUCAUUUUCAAAUUCUCCGCUCGAUUCUAUAUCGCCCAGAAGCUCAAAAUAGUUCAUUGUUUCUUGUUAUAUGUACAUAAAUGUUUUUCGCAUUAAAGCGAUUUAGUACUAGUAAAAUAAAAUGUAAUACAUAUUGGUUGAUCAUA